AUGAUCCCGACUGAUCCAGAGGCAGAAGAGGCGCGGCGGGAGAGGCCGCGCGACAACCAUAAGACUCGCGGUCAGCGGGUGGAGCCCUCUUGUAUCGCUGGGAGAGGGUCGUGAGGAUUUUACAUUAAAACUACGGGAGCUUGGCCUUUGCCCUCUGCCUCUUUCUUCCUCAGUCUGCACCAGCCUCGCUCCUCCCCCUCUCAUUGUUCAGUACGUAGUCCACUCGUACGUCUCUCGGGUGUAUCGGUCUUUGCUUCAGAACAAAGAACCAGGCUUAUCUACAUUCCUCCCAUACACCGAUAAAGCAUACAGUCGACUAUCAAUAUGAGCGCCAGCGGCACCACCAACGAGCUGAACGCCCAGGACGUCAACAGCUAUGACUUUAUUAUCGUGGGCGGAGGCACGGCGGGCUGUGUCGUUGCUGCGCGUCUGUCCGAGUACCUGCCCAACAAGAAAGUCCUGUUGAUCGAGGCCGGCCCUUCGGAUUUCAUGGAUGAUCGCGUGCUUCUGCUCAAGGAAUGGCUGAAGCUGCUGGGCGGCGAGCUCGACUACGACUACCCAACAACCGAGCAACCACACGGAAACUCUCACAUUCGGCACUCACGCGCCAAGGUUUUGGGAGGCUGCUCCAGCCACAACACCCUGAUCAGCUUCCGACCUUUCGAGCACGACUGCCAGCGCUGGGUUGCCCAGGGCUGCAAGGGAUGGGACUUCAAGACUUUCACUCGCGUUCUUGACAACCUCAAGAAUACUGUACAGCCUGUGCACGAGAGGCACCGAAACCAGCUGACAAAGGAUUGGAUUGAGACUGGAGCCAAGGCUUUGAACCUUCCAGUUGUCCACGACUACAACAAGGAGAUUCGAUCGACUGGCGCUCUCCACCCAGGUAUUGGUUUCUUGUCUGUCUCAUACAACCCAGAUGACGGCCGCCGAAGCAGUGCAAGUGUGGCGUACAUCCACCCAAUCCUUCGCGGAGAUGAGAGGAGACCAAACUUGACUAUCCUCACAAAUGCAUGGGUCAGCAAAGUCAACGUUCAAGGCACCAAAGUCACCGGCGUGAACGUGACACAGCAAGAUGGAAAGAAGCACAUCCUGACAGCGAAGUCUGAGACCAUUCUCAGUGCAGGUGCAGUCGACACUCCUCGUCUGCUCAUGCUUUCUGGUCUGGGACCCAAGGACCAACUCAACAAUCUCGGAAUCAAUGUGAUCAAGGAUCUCCCAGGUGUCGGCGAGAACCUGCUCGACCACCCAGAAUCCAUCAUCAUGUGGGAACUCAACAAGGAAGUCGACCACAACAUGACAGUCAUGGACUCCGACGCAGCCAUCUUCCUCCGCCGCGAACGACCAAACGCCGCAGGCAACGACGGCGACAUCAUCGACAUCAUGGCCCACUGCUACCAAGUUCCAUUCGUCUACAACACCGAACGUCUCGGCUACGACGUCCCAAAGGAAGCCUUCUGCGUAACACCCAACAUCCCUCGCCCACGAUCCCGAGGAAAACUCUACCUCACCAGCGCCGACCCCUCAGUCAAGCCCGCUCUCGACUUCCGCUACUUCUCCGACCCAGAAGGCUACGACGCAGCCACAAUCGUCGAAGGUCUAAAAGCCGCCCGCAAAAUCGCCGAACAAGCUCCUUUCAAAGACUGGAUCAAGCGAGAAAUCGCCCCUGGACCUGCGAUCCAAUCUGACGAGGACUUGUCUGAGUAUGGUCGUCGUGUAGCUCACACUGUCUACCACCCUGCUGGAACGACAAAGAUGGGUGAUGUCAAAACCAACCACAUGGCAGUCGUUGAUCCAGAACUUAAGAUUCGUGGUCUUCAGGGUGUGCGUAUUGCGGAUGCUGGUGUUUUCCCAGAGAUGCCAUCUAUCAACCCUAUGUUGACUGUUCUUGCUAUUGGAGAGCGUUGCGCUGAGAUGAUCGCUCAGCAGCAUGGCUGGACUGGAUUGGAGAGGGCGAGGUUGUAAGCAAAGUGCCCUUCUUCACGAAGAAGGUGUGAGGACCGGAGGAAUGUUGGAUGCCGGAUGUGAGAUACGAUGAUUAUGCGAUUUUGAACAGCCAUGGCGUUCUUCUUUGGGAUAAGAGGUGGAGAAAGAUGUACAAGAGCAAUCUUUGUUGUUGCGAUACCCCACAGGUAGUAGGACACUUUACACAUAGGCGCGCAUUUAAAGUUGACCUUUUACUACCAUAGUCGUGUAGAUCAACUUGCACGAAUGAAUGCAUUUGCUAUGGCAGAAUUGCAUCUCACACCAAGUCAAUGUCAUGGACAGCUCUGUUCCCGCAGCGAUAUCGAUGACUAAAGAUGAAAAAGAGGCAAAAAAAAAAAAAGAAAACGAAACGACCGCAACAACUCAAUUGACGGCAGCCGUUCCCGCACCACAGGACCAAACAGCCUCUUAGGCGGAUCGGAGGCUUGAGUUGACAGCAGACGCCAUCUUGAUCGCUGGCGAUUUACUGCUUGAGCCAAUUGAGCGGAGACGGUCGUUACAUGGAGCGUGAAUGCUAAUGGUUCAUGAAGUCUGUCUGGCUGCUGAUAAUCAAGAGGACUUGAACGAUGCUGCUAGAACUGAAGAAGUCGGGAACUUACAAGCAAAAUUUGACACAACUGACCGCUGGCUAUCCUUUCCUAGUCUCAAGGUAGCGAUUCGAAGGACUAUAUAAAGAUGAAACAAAAAGGCAAAAAAGAAGAAGAACGACUGGCCGCACCGACUCAGUUGACAACACCAUCCUGCGUCAACCCAGAGACCUUUCGCGGCCUUAUGAGAGGACCAGAGAUUGGUGUCGAUGGCAAACAUCAUGAUUAUUCUUUGACGAUUUACUGCUUGAGCUAAUUGAGCGGAUGCGGUCGUUGCGAGAAACGGGAAUGCUAAUGGUAUAUGAGCUCUGGGUGAUUUGCUUGCUAUUCGUAAAUCUUGGGAGACUGGGAUCGGUUCGAAAGCUUGGAAGUGUUAAGGACAUAGCCAGUCUUGAUCGUAUACCAAUCUUUGACCCAGCUAGGUGUCUGAAUAAGAGAAAGCUGUCAGGUGUAGGUUGUCUGACAGGUCAGCGACGAGAAGGGCUUUUGCGAA